AUGACCAUUCCUCCCUUUUCGCUCUUGGGCCCUGCUAUCGAUUGCCAGGAAAUACGCUACCAUGCAGCCCACCUAUGCCAUGUCAAGCAGAACCAGGUCUUGGAUGUUUUGCCAUGCACUCCUCUCCAAGCUGGACUGCUAGCGCUCACCCAAUUGAAUGCUGGUAAUUACGUGGCCAAAAAUGUCUUCGAAAUUGAUCCCAGUAUCAAUCUGGAAAGCUUCCGCGCUGCGUGGGACCAGGUGGUAGCGGUAAACCCUAUCCUACGCACCAGAAUGGUGACCUUACCAGGCCAUGGCAUGGUGCAAGUAAUCCUCGACGAAGAGGUUCAAUGGGUCUUUGAGGAUAGUCUUGAGCUGUACCAACGGAGAUCCUUGGCUGAAGAGUCUGCGUUUGGGCUCGGUGACCCUCUUACCCGCUUUGCGCUCAUUGGAGGCGACACGCCGGGGCCUCGCUAUUUUGUGUGGAAGAUUCACCACGCGCUCUAUGACGGAUGGUCUCAACCACUGAUCCUGAAGGAUGCUGAGCACACUUACUAUCGGGGAGUCGGUCCACCACUAUCAUCAAUGUCAGGAUUGAUACAGUAUAUUCAAGGGUUGGACCCCAUUGACGUGGCGCGCUUUUGGGCAAAGCUGUUCCAAGGUUUCACUGGAGUUAGCUUUCUCGCCACGAACAAAGGUCUCUGUCUGGAUCACCCUCAGGACAGGCGAGCAAUAACCCGCGAUGUAUCGGACCUGAAAUGGGGCCGGAACAAUUUCACCCCUACCACUGUUGUACGCACGGCAUGGGCAGCCGUGCAAGCCAGUCGCACCAACUCCAACGAGGCUGUCUUUGGCAUCAGGGUAACAGGACGGCAGGGAGCUCUCGCGGGGAUUGAGCAUCUGGCAGGUCCCAUCAUUGCUACAGUCCCAGUUCGGGUCCAGAUCGAUUGGUCAGGGAGCAUCAGUCAAUUGCUGGAGAGUGUACAGUGCCAAGGGACCGAGAUGAUACCCUUUGAGCAGACGGGUCUCCAGAAUAUUCGGCGCAUCAACGAUGAGACCCGGGCUGCUUGCGGCUUUCAAUCACUUUUGGUCAUUCAAGCCAUGCAUGAAAGUUCGGCUGAUACCGACAACAGACCAUUUCUGAGUGAGGUUCAGGAUACCAGCAAUUUGAUGGAAGAGCCUGCCUCUGGAACCUAUGCUCUUGAGAUUGAGUGUCAACUGUCAUUGAGUGGAUUAAAUGUCCAGAUUGAUUUUGAUGGCAACGUCAUUCCGCCAGGGGAUGUGGAAGAGAUCCUGGACGAGCUGCAGCAUGUUCUGCGCCAAUUGGCAGGCUUCAGCGAUGGGACACAGAGAACAAACCGCCCAGUUGCGUCAGUGCUGCCACCACCCAAAUCUAUGAGCCAAGUCUCCGAAUGGAAUGCGGAAUAUUUUCCUCCGGUUGAAGAGACUGUCCAUGCUGUCAUCAAAAGGCGAGCUAGGGAGUCUCCACGAGCUAUGGCGAUAUGUGCCUGGGAUGGAGAGAUUACAUACCACCAACUAGAUGAACUCUCCACUCGACUGGCAGGUCCCUUGGCUAGGAUUCCAGUGGCUGGUACCCUAGUCACACUUCUGUUCGAAAAAUCCCUCUGGAUGCCUGUGGCAGCACUCGCUGUUGUAAAAGCAGGAGGUGCCUUGAAUGCUCUUGAGAUGAAGCAGCCAGAGGAACGCCUUCGAGAGAUUGUUGCUCAGACCAACUCUCCAUUACUGCUUUGUUCCAUUCAGAACGAGAAGCUGGCUUCAAAGCUUCAACCGAAACGGUUGUUGGUAGUGGGAAAGAAUUCUGAUGGAAGAAUCCCUGAUGGAAGCAUUUCUGAUGGGAGCAUUUCUGAUGGGAGCAUUUCUGAUGGAAGCAUUUCUGAUGGAAGCAUUUCUGAUGGAAGCAUGUCUCAUGAAAGCAAUACUGAUGGAAGCAAUCACCCUCCACCCCAACUGCCUUUCGUCAGUCCUGCAAGUCUUCUUUAUGUGGUCUUCACCUCUGGUAGCACCGGAAGGCCCAAAGGUGUCCAGAUCACACAUCGUAACAUGCGCAGUGCUAUCACUCACCAGCAAACCGCAUUGCAGUAUAAUGAGAAGUCCCGAGUGUUUGACUUUGCCAGCUACGGCUUCGAUGUGGCGUGGUCUAAUUUAUUCAUGACGCUCACUGCUGGCGGGUGUUUAUGUAUCCCAUCCGCCCAUGAACGCGAAAACGAACUGAUUCAUUGCCUCGUCAAGUACGAUAUCAAUCUCAUGGAUAGCACCCCUUCACUUGCUCGGACAUUAGGCAAGGAGGUGAUAUCUCGUUUGACCACGCUCAUCCUUGGAGGAGAGGCCAUGCUCCCCAGUGACGCACUACUCGCCGGCGACCGAACGACAAUCGUCAACGCAUAUGGGCCUGCCGAGUGUACACCAACCGCUCUCAUUUCCAAGUUUCACGCAGACGGUGUCAGAAUCGGUCGUGGGUACGGUUCUUGCCCCUGGAUUGUUGAUGCGGAAAACCCAAGCCGACUGGUCCCUGUGGGAUCAGUCGGUGAGCUCUGGCUUGAAGGGCCGAUUGUGGGUGAUGGGUACCUCAACGACGCUGAGAAGACGUCCGCGGCAUUUAUCCGUGAUCCACCCUGGCUACUGCGUCACGUUGGCCGAACCGGGCUUGUGUACCGUACGGGCGACCUUGUUCGCUAUGAAUCAGAUGGGUCACUUGUCUACAUCGGACGGAAAGAUCACCAGGUCAAAAUUCGAGGCCAGCGAGUCGAACUCGGCGAAAUCGAAAUUACCUUGGAGCGCAUCCUCCGUUCUAUCAGAGCUCGUGUAGUGGUCGAAGUUGUCCAGCUGACGGAUGUGUCAACCCUGACUCUGGUGGGAUUUGUGACCCUUCCCAAGGCUGGAGGGAUGACGGAAGCCGACCACGAAGUCGCAGUCAAGCAGGCAACUGAUGGUUUGGUCGACCGGCUGGCCCAAACAUUGCCAUCAUAUAUGAUUCCAGCCAUGUUAUUCUCACUCCCGGUUGUUCCAGUGACGACGACUGGCAAGGCCGAUCGACGUCAGCUACGCGAGAAAGCUAGAUCAUUGUUGUUGUCUAUGCGCGCGAAUGAAGCAGUACAAACAAGAAAAGACCAAGUAUUCAAUUCCACUGAAUCUGUCAUCCGUGACGUUUGGGCCGCUAUCCUCAACCUGACGGAAGAAGAAACAUCACUCGACGUGGACUUUGCGCGACUCGGUGGAGACUCAAUUACAGCCAUGCAAAUCGUUUCACAAUGUCGAAUGCACAAUCUUCAACUGACCGUCAGCGACAUUCUGCAAGCGCGUACCAUCCGAAAACUAGCCGAUCGCUGCAAGCCACUACCGCUGCAGGACGAGCUGACAGAUGUCCUUGGGUGUGAUUGUGAAGACCCGUCAGUUCCAUCGGAGCUCUCCCCGAUUCAGCAGGAUUUCUUCAGUCUCUAUCCCGAUGGCCUGAACCACUACAAUCAGUCCUUUUUGUUGGAUCUUGCGAAUCCUGUCUCAGCACCUACCCUUCUGAAUGCCUUGAGGGCGAUAGUCUCUCGUCACCCCAUGCUUCGUGCUCGAUUCCAGAAUAACCCGAACACCGGAUCCUGGCAGCAACGGAUUGCCGAAGACGGGCCGGGGGCAUUUGCCUUCGCUGUCCAUACUGUGCACAACAAAGCAGCUGCUUCAAGCGCUGCGCAAUGGCGACAAGAAAAUUUGGAUAUCCGAGAAGGCCCCGUGUUUGCUUGUGACUUGUUCAAUGUUACAUCUGGUGUGCAAAUGGUCUUGCUCUCUGCGCAUCAUCUGGUGAUAGAUCUUGUUUCUUGGCGCAUUGUAUGGGGUGACUUGGAGGAUCAUAUCAAACAUGGAUCCAUUCGUUCCCCUCAGACAAUAUCUUUCCAGAGAUGGUGUGCAACCCAGGCCCGACUCGGUCAGACCCUCUCCCCACUUGAGGUGCUACCAUACAGCCUGCCCGACUCACAGCUUGACUUCUGGGGCAUCCCCUUGGAAGAAAAUACAUUCGAUCAAUGCGAAAGCUUGGACAUCACGGUUCCUGAGGACAUCACCACGCUGCUGUUUGGCAUGAGCAACGACAGCCUUCGCACUGAGCCCGUCGAUCUGAUGCUCGCUGCUCUGAUACGUGGAUUUGCUUUAACCUUUCCGGAGCGGCCUGUUCCUCCGGUAUGGACAGAAGCCCAUGGAAGAGAGCAGUUGGAUAGCCAGUCUAUGGAUGUUUCAGGGACCAUUGGGUGGUUUACUGCAAUCUUCCCUCUCGUGGUGCCCAUCACAUCAGCUCAUUCACCUUCUCAUGCUGUACGGCUGGUGAAAGACAUCCGACGCAAAGUGCCCGGAAAGGGCCAACCAUUCUCUUCCUGUCGGGCCUAUAGUGAAUCGGGUCGCCGGAUAUUCGGAGGUCAUGAUGUUGUCGAACUGGUGUUCAACUUUACCGGGAGGUUCCAGCAACUAGAGAAGGACGAUGGAAUCCUCCAGGAGUCAUCGUCGCUCACAGAUGAGGGCCCUGAUGAGUGCGAUUUCAUCCCGAUCUCAGGCUCAGCCCAGCGUCCAUCUCUGAUGGACCUCACUCUGGGUGUGGUUGAUGGGCAGCUCAAAGUAUCAUUGAACGUUCACAAGAGAAUGAAUCUAGAUCAGAUUCAGGAAUGGCUGCACCAUUUCAACAAGGACCUUGAGGAUCUCUGUCGCGGUCUUUCACGAGAACCUUCUGAGUUGACACUCGGUGAUUUGUCAAUUUCUUCUUUAUCGUAUCGCGGUCUUGACACCCUUCUUCAACAGAGUCUGCCUCAACUGGGAGUCAAGGUUUCCUCCGUUGUGGAUGUCUACCCUUGCUCGGCGCUGCAAGAAGGAAUGUUACUCAGCGCCAUGAAAGGAGCCGCCUCAUACGAUACUUCCACGAUUUGGCGUUGCCAAUCGGCUGUUGGCCCAGGAUCAGAUACGAGAGUCUGCCCGUCGUUACUGGUUGAAGCGUGGCAGAAAGUGACAAAAAGACACAGUAUCCUUUCUUCCGUAUUUACGCUACACCCAGACGGUGAUGGAUUCAUCCAAAUUGUAUUGGAUGACCCUGUGAUCCGCGUGGCCCAGAUAGUUCCUGAGCUUGACGAUCCCACUACGACCUUGUUCAAUCUCGAGAAACCAUCAUUCGCUCCUGGUGAGCCACAGCACUCGUUCACCAUCAGUCAAUCGAGUACCGGCGAAACGAUCUGUCGCUUGGAUAUAAACCACGUAUUAACGGAUGCUCGCUCUGAAUCAAUUCUUUUGGAGGAGUUAGCGCUCGCAUACGAAGGUUGCGAACUACCGACAGCACCCAUGUUCUCUGAGAUUGUACAAUACAACAGCAAGACUUCGAAAGCAAAGGCUCUAGCCACCUGGGUGGCCAACUUGGAAGGGCUCCAGCCUUGCAAAUUCCCUACCUCAUCCUUGCAUUCGUCAGCUCAACCCAUCAAAUUCGGCGAGGUAUCCUAUGCCACUCCCAACUUUCAGGUUGGCCCCACAGAGUUCUGCAAGAGCAAUGGGAUACUGCUCUCUUCCUUUAUACACGUUUCCUGGGCCAUGGUUCUCUCAUAUUACACCGGAAUGUCUGAUGUCUGCUUCGGAUAUGAUGUCUCUGGCCGCGAUGCUCCAAUUGAAGGGGUGGACAGAUUGGUUGGACCCUUGGCAAACCUCCUGGUCAGUCGCGUGCGCCUCAGCGCUUCGGCAAAUGAGGUAUUGCAUGCUGCCUCGGCAAGAGCGGGUCAAGAUUUGGCCUUCCAAAAUGUCUCGAUAGCGGACAUCCAGCAUCAUUUGCGUCUUUCCGGGCGGCAACUUUUCAAUACAUCGCUUUCAAUCCACGACAAUAGAGCCGAGAGGCUAGCCAACAAAAGAAUAUCAUUUCAAAUUGUGAGAAGCGAAGAUGCGCAUGAGUUUGACUUGAGGCUGAACGUCCUUCUUAACCAAGGCCAUCCGGACUUUGUGCUUGAGUUUCAAGAGCCCCGUGUGUCUCGUCGGAUUGCUGAGGAAGUGUACGGAGUCUUGAUGCAGGCGAUUGAUCACCUUUUAACAACGACCGAAAACCACAUCUCCGAACACGGAGAUUCUCUGGUAUCCCAGCAAGUGGACCCUACCUCGACACUAUUUAGCCAAUUUUUCACACGGGUCGGGGGCAUUGAAAGGCCAGUCGCAGAGGCAUUUUGGAAGGCUCAAUUUGCCAAUAUUCGAGGCUCUCAUUUCCCUGCCAUCAAGCCAACUGCCACUCAGGAGAGGAUCUACAAUAAUGUAUCCUUCGACCUGAACCUUGAUCUGACAGGCCAUGAUUUCACAGCAGAUGUCAUUCUGAAAGCAGCAUGGGCCCUUCUUAGUAGCCGCUUGUUAAACUCGGACGAAAGCCUGUUUGGCACAGCAACUACUGGCCAUGGAGCAGGUUCAAUUUUGCCAAUCCGCAUUCCUGUCAAUGGGGAAAAGAGCAUUGGCUCAUUCUUAAGCCAGAUCAGGCAACAGGGUUUGGAUCUUGGCUCCCUCAAGCGGAUGCGACUGGAGCAAGUGGCCUGCAUAUCGGACGAGACUGCUCUGGCUUGCAGGUUACAGUCCAUCUUGGUGGUCCAUCCUGGAGACGAGUCUGUCCCAGAAGCUGUUGCCGCCCAAGAAGGCUGCACACCGUCAUUGACAAUUGAAGCUCGAAUAGAAGCCCAAUCUACCAAAAUCCAGGCUACAUUCGAUCCUGCUGUUGUGACUGCCCUCGAGGUCUCCCGGCUCUUACACCAGUUGGGACACAUUCUUCAUCAGCUGGUCGAUUUUGAGCUUCGAGAGACGCUGCUUCGAACUGUGACAGUCACAAGUGUGGAUGAUCUAAACACAAUAUGGUCUUGGAAUGCGACGUUGCCGUCUCCAGUCAGCGGUUGUGUCCAUGACAUGAUCGUCGAAAGAGCGAAGCAUUUACCUCAAUCCGUGGCAAUUGAUGCUUGGGAUGGAAGUAUGACAUAUGGUCAACUCGACUCUCUUUCAUCCAAGCUAGCCAGUCAACUGGUCUAUGGAGGUCUUGGUAGUGGGAGCAUCGUUCCUCUCUGUUUCGAGAAAUCAAUGUGGAUGCCAGUCGCUGCACUUGCAGUCAUGAAAGCAGGCGCAGCAUCUGUGCUCAUUGAGAUCUCGCAUCCGGAGCAGCGGAUCCGCGCAAUUAUUGACCAGGUUUUUGCCAAUUCAACACGCAAGAUUAUUUUAUCAUCAGCCCACAAUGGCACGUUCUGCGAGCGUUUUGGCAGCAAUCAUGUGUUGCCCGUGAGCGAGGAGUUCUUUGUCGAAGGUGUGAAUUCCAUCGCUUACGAGCCAUCCUUGGUCCAUCCGUCAGACGUGCUCUACGUUGUUUUUACUUCUGGUACCAGCGGCAGCCCCAAAGGAGUCAUCAUAACCCACCAAAACUUCUGCAGCGCCAUUUCCUACCAGCGGGACCAGCUCGGCUUUGACACCAACUCAAGAGUGUUUGACUUUGCGUCAAAUGCAUUCGACGUGGCAUGGCUCAAUCUACUCAAGACACUCAGCAGUGGCGGGUGUCUUUGCAUACCAUCUGCCGCCGAGCGUGUCGAUGAUCUCGGCGGCGCUCUGGAGAAAUACAAGGCAACUGUUGUCGACCUUACGCCUUCGGUUGCACGUACCGUCAAACCGGCCGCCCUUUCACGGCUGGCUACAUUGAUCUUUGGGGGUGAAGCCGUAUCACCCAGCGACUUCAAGUCGGUAGGCGGAGAUACCCAGAUCAGAGUCGCCUACGGUCCAGCAGAGUGCACACCUACCAGUGCAAUCCUUGCCAACACUGCUUCCACUGAAGGUGCAAUAGGACGUGCGGCAGGAACAUGCACGUGGAUUGUCGAUCUGGAAAAUCCCGAUACAUUGGCCCCCGUGGGCGCACCCGGUGAACUCUGGAUUGAAGGUCCCCUUGUUGGCCAAGGUUACCUCAAUAACGUGGAGAAGUCUGCGCAGGCAUUUGUCCAUGACCCAGCAUGGUUGCAGCGAGGCUCCCCAGACGGUCAACACUCUCCCCGAUCAGGCAGACUCUACCGCACUGGCGAUCUAGUCCGGUACAAUGGCGAUGGCUCUCUAGUAUUCCUUGGGCGCCGGGACUCGCAAAUCAAGAUCAGAGGCCAGCGAGUAGAACUGGGAGACAUCGAAAGUCAUGUCCGUCGAGCUAUUGGGACUACGGGUGAUGAACAUGCAGCCGACACGCAAGUGGCAGUAGAAUACCUCCACUUGAACGGGUCGUCGGAUAAGUCGCUCGUUGCAUUCAUCAGUCUGGGGAAAGAUUCAUCGAUGUUGUCUUCUGAUGAUCUCAACAUUGUCGUUCAGCGCCUAGCCGCCCAAGCUACGGAGCAGCUUACGGAAGAGCUCCCUAUUUAUAUGCUGCCAUCUGCGUAUAUACCCAUUCAAACGAUGCCGGUCACGACUUCUGGCAAAAUUGACCGAGGUCAACUCCACCAGAUUGGAUCAUCAUUCAGCAUCAGCGAUGUUGGCCGGCUCUCUGGGAAGGCCGUCCAAAAACGCGCGCCAGAAACAGAAACUGAGAUACUGAUGCAAUCUAUAUGGGCAAAGGUCCUUCAGAUCGACAGAAACCAGAUAUACGCCGAUGAUAACUUCUUCCAAUGCGGUGGUGACUCUAUUGGCGCGAUGCGGCUUGUAGCCCUAGCGCGCUAUGAGGAGCUUACCUUCACAGUUAGUGACGUGUUCCAGCACCCUGUUCUUUCUGAUUUGUGUCGUCAAUGUCGGGCUGGAGUUGAGAGGACUGGUUUACGCUAG